GUAAAGAAGAAAACCAAAAAGACAUGUCUGAUCAUCAUUAGCUUGGGGCUCUACUUUUUAACUUUUUCUUUUGGCGGGAUUGCUUGUUUUGAUUUUGGAAUGGUGUAAAAGCAAAGCAACUUCGUUUCAGAAGCUUAAAUUGAAGCAAAAGCGAAAGACAAAGACACUUAAAGUGCAUAUAUAGAUGUUGGGAGAGACAUGUUGUAAUAAACAAGAAAGAAAUGAGUAUCAAGAACUCAGGAGCUGCUCCUGCUUCUGCAGUCAACACCAACGGUAAGCUUCCAAUGGAGGAGAACGAAGAGGAAGAGAUAUGGAAAGUGGCGGUGUCGAGGUUUCAAGCUCGAGAAGAAGAGAUUGAGAGGAAGAAGAUGACUGUUAAGGAGAAAGUUCAACAGAGGCUUGGUUUUGCAGAGGAAGCUACAAGAUGCUUGACUCAAACAUUGGAAGAGCUGGAGAUUAUGGGAGAUCCUAUGAGAAAAGAAGUUGGAAUGGUGAGGAAGAAAAUCGACAUGGCGAAUCGAGAUAUCAAAUCUUUAGCUCAAAUCUGUCAGAAGAAGGAGAAGGAAUACAAAGAGACAUUGGAGGCUUUCAAUGAAAAGAACAAAGAGAAAACUCACCUUGUUUCCAUGUUAAUGGAGCUACUGGCUGAAAGUGAAAGAGUAAGGAUGAAGAAACUUGAGGAGAUUAACAAGACUGUUGGAGCUUUGCAAUGAGAAAGAAACCAAAGAAUUGGAUGUUACCUUUUAAAAGAGUUUUAAAUUUGUUUUGAUGUUUUUUUUGUAUUAGUCUCUAUUCAAGUCAUCUCUAUUAAAAGUGAGCAACCAUGUAACAUGAUAUGCAUCUAUAUAAGAAUGAUAAGAAUA